UUACCUACUGCUGCCUAGUGCCUACUAUAAGUUUACACUUCAAAACUUAAAAGUAUUAAAUAUUGUUUUACAAAAGUAACAUUCAAAUGAAAUGUUUUAUAUUUAAGUAAACAGUGAAAUGAUUCCAUAAGUGUAUGAUUUCAUAUUGGUGUAGCGUGAGAAACGAUGACUGCUUGAAUUCGCGGACUGUGAUGACGAAUUACCUAGGUAUUAUCGAUGUGACUGUGUUAAAUAAAUUAUAGCAUAAUUUUGGUACAUCAAAUAAAGAUGUUAAGAUUCCUCAGUAGAAAAGGGAGAUCAUCCAGCCAGACUCGAAAGAAACAGAGUCAAAAAAAUGCAACAAACAAAAACUUAAUUCAAUGCAAGGUAAUGUUACUUGAUGAUACUGAUUUAACAAUAAAUCUAACCAAAAAAGCUAGUGCUGCCGAUUUAUAUGAACAGGUAUUUUAUUCCUUGGACUUAAUCGAAAAGGAUUACUUUGGACUACAAUUUACAGAUACUAAUAAUGUUCAACAUUGGCUGGAUCCAACUAAAACAAUUAAAAAGCAGGUUAAAAUUGGACCUCCCUAUACUUUGAGACUUAAAGUUAAAUUUUACUCUUCCGAACCAAAUAAUUUAAGAGAAGAAUUAACGAGGUACCAGUUUUUCUUGCAACUAAAGAAAGAUGUCCUUGAAAGCAAACUGGAAUGUCCUCAUUCAACUGCUGUUGAGCUAUCUGCACUAGCUUUGCAGUCUGAGUUGGGAGAUUAUGAUGAAACUAUACACACACCAGCAACUGUAUCUGAAUUUCGUUUUGUACCGAAUCAGUCUGAAGAAAUGGAAAUAGAAAUUUUAGAUGAGUACAAAAAGUGCAAGGGACUCACUCCUGCUCAGGCUGAAGUCAGUUAUCUUAAUAAAGUCAAAUGGCUUGAGAUGUAUGGUGUUGAUAUGCAUAUAGUAUUGGGAAAAGAUGGCUGUGAAUACCACUUGGGCCUCACUCCCACUGGGAUACUUGUUUUUGAGGGGCCACAAAAAAUAGGUCUUUUCUUUUGGCCCAAAAUAACUAAAUUAAAUUUUAAAAAGAAAAAACUAACAUUGGUGGUUGUUGAGGAUGAUGACCAGGGACGAGAACAGGAACACACAUUUGUAUUUCGGCUUCAUAAUGAAAAAGCUUGUAAGCAUUUGUGGAAAUGUGCCGUCCAGUAUCACACAUUCUUUCGUUUACGCGCCCCAGUCAAAGGACCAUCAGCGCGGCAGAACUUCUUUAGAAUGGGAUCACGCUUCCAAUAUUCCGGAAAAACGGAAUAUCAGACUACUCAACAGAAUCGUGCACGCCGUACUGUACAAUUUGAAAGGCGGCCUAGCCAACGUUUUGCCAGAAGACAGAGUCACGUUCUGCGAGAGAGAGAGAAGCAAGUCACUCCUAAGACCGAAAUUGCGCCUCAAACAGAGGCUUCAGAAACGGUGCCUAGUACAUCCACAGCUGAAACCCCUGCUCUAACAACCACGACUAUCGAAAGUGCUCCCGUUACUAGUACUGAAACUGCCAUUGAACCUUUUACUAGAAAAGGUAGUGCUAAAUCCCAGAAGUCUGUAGAAAUUAAAGAAGAAGAGAUCGAAGAUAAAGAAGAAAAAGAUCCGAAUGAACCUGAGGUAGAGCCUUGGUUGUAUACCCUGGUCUUUAGACACUGUAGAAGUUUAGAUAUGAAAACAUCACAGGGUUUUCAAAAAACCGCGAAUCCCCUGUGGAUACGUCCAGCGAUCUCUUUUACAUUUGAGUCCGUAAAUGAUAAGCAAUCAAAAGUUGAUUUACCAACUUAAACAGAUGGCUCAAGAAAUAGGAAUUGUUUGCCCGUCGCGUAGCUAUGAAAUUUUUCCUUGCAAUAUACAUGUUGAGUUUACUUCAAACUUUAGCUAAAUAAUAAUUGCUGUGUCAUCACAACGAUCAAAUCAGAAUAAUGCUUUUAUUCUUAGCAACUUAGUUAAAUUUACCGAACAGAAAGACUUGCAAAUUUUUAUUUAUUAUAAAUUACUCAUGUUACAAAACUUCUAAUUUACUGAUGCUUGAUUAGCGUUGAUAGAAGUAACAAAUUGUAUAUAGAAAACGAAUAUCGAUUGUACUGGUCGAAAGCUUCACAAGUUAUUAUGUCAAUAAUUUUGAAUGAAAGAAUCUAUAUCUUGUAUUAGAAACAAUUUCGAUAUUAUGAAUAUAGUUUAGUAAUGGGGGACUAAAUUACUAUUACUAACUGUUGACAUGUAAUAGAAAUGUUGCUAUAUUAUUAUGGUCUGACCUGAUCACUCGAAAUAAAACAUAGUUAAUUUGCUUUAGUGAUAUGGAGUAAUUUUCCAGAUGGGUACGAACUUUAGAUUAGAAUUUGAAAUCGGUAACUUGAUAUCAUGAGAUAGGCAUUACACCACUCUGUGGUGCCGCCCCCUCCAUAUACUCUUACGUUUAUUUGUUAUAAAUGAGGCAUAGAAUGUGAACUGAUUUGCAGUGUCGAAAUUAAUUUAAAAAAAAAAUGUCUUUGAAUGUGAAAUGUCUUAAAUGUAUAGUCCUAAACUACUUAUUGUACUUAUCACAGGCAUUUAUAUUAUGUCAGUAUAAUUCCAAAUCACAUUCCAUUUAAGCAUUACUUAAUGUAGUAUUAAAUUAAACCGUCCCUGCUAACAUAUCGAGACUUAAGUGAUGUAUUAUUCUAUUGAAUGUAAUUGAGUACAAUAUUCAGUAUUAAAAACUAACGAAUAUUUUUGGUGCCAUAGCACAUUAUUUGUGUUCAAGACUAAUUUUACAAAGUACAUUAAAAAACAAUAAAGCAACCUUCUAUUGAACUGA